AUGGCUGCAUCAUCCAACGCAGACGUAUGUCUCUACAUCCUAGCCAUAUUCUUGCCCUUCUUGCCCAUCUUGAUAAAGACGGGAUGCGGCUGCGACUUGCUGAUUAAUCUGCUGCUGUGUAUGCUGGGGUGGCUGCCUGGGGUUCUUCGUGAGUUCGAGCUUAUAUCUAUGGAUAAAGGGGGAUGGGUGGCUAAUGAAUGGGAAUGUUAG